AUUUCGGCAAGAACAAUGACGAGGCGAGUACUGCUGUUCAUGUCUCUCCUCUUCGUCGGCACGGUGCUCGGGCAGGUCAGCUACUCUAUUCCUGAGGAAAUGGCCAAAGGAUCUUUAGUCGGCAAUAUAGCGCAUGAUUUAGGUUUACAAACCAAGCGUUUGACAUCUGGUAAAGCUCGAAUUUAUACCCGAGGCAGCGACGAGUACAUCGAGCUGCACAGAGAAAGAGGAGUCCUCCUCGUCAAAGAGAGAAUCGACAGAGAGGCGCUCUGCAAACAGACGACGCCGUGCGCUUUGCAUUUUCAGAUCAUUUUAGAGAAUCCUAUGGAACUCUACACUGUCACAGUCCAGAUCACAGAUAUCAAUGAUAAUGCACCAACCUUUGAAAAGAAUGAAAUGAAAUUUAAAAUAAGCGAAUCAGCGAUCACGGGGGCAAAAUUUGUGCUGGAAAGGGCUGUGGAUCUCGAUGUUGGAAUCAACGAUAUUAAAAAUUACGAAUUAAAACCAACAGAUAAUUUCGCUCUGAAAGUUCAUAAUAACGCUGAUGGAAAUAAAAACAUCGAGAUGAUUCUCCAGAAACCUUUAGACCGAGAGAAACAGGAGCAGAUAUCUCUCGUGUUAACGGCUGUAGAUGGAGGAGAGCCGCAGAUGUCAGGAACAAUGAUGAUCGUUAUUACAGUUUUAGACGUUAAUGAUAACGCCCCUGUUUUUACACAGUCCACAUACAAAGCUACAGUUACAGAGAAUUCACCUAAAGGAACAGUUGUAGCGACAGUUACAGCUACAGAUGCAGAUCAACAUUCUAAUGCUAAAAUAACAUAUUCAAUGACGAAUACAUUAGAUGAUAUCAGGAAAGUAUUCCUGGUGAAUCUUGAAAACGGUGAAAUAAGUUUAAUUGGAAAUAUUGAUUACGAAGAGUCCCGAAACUAUCAAAUUAAUUUACUCGCUAGUGACGAGGGAGGACUCACAGAUUCUUGUAAAUUAAUCGUCGAUGUACAAGAUGUAAAUGACAACAAACCUGAAAUUAACAUAUUGUCGAAAUCAAAUAUGAUUUCAGAGGAUGCAAAACUUAAUACAGUCGUGACAAUGAUAAACAUCGAAGACAAAGACUCUCGAGAAAACGGAAACGUGAAAUGUUUUAUUGGAGACAAUGUUCCAUUCAUUUUGAAAACCUCAACAAAUAUUUUCUAUAGCUUAGUGACAGACAGUGAAUUAGACAGAGAGAGAUCCUCUGAGUAUAAUAUCACAGUGAGCUGCUCUGAUGAGGGCGUGCCCUCCCUCUCCAGCAGCGUCACUCUCACCUUACAGAUCUCUGACGUGAAUGACAACGCGCCUGUCUUUGAGAGGAGCUCAUACGAGGCCUAUAUUAUAGAAAACAACACACCAGGUCUAUCUGUAUUCACAGUGAAAGCCAGAGACGCGGACUGGAACCAGAAUGCCCGUGUUUCUUACAUACUGGAGGACUCCUCUGUUAACGGAGUGCCAGUCUCCUCGUAUGUGUCCGUUAGUGCUGAUAGUGGAGUAAUCCAUGCAGUUCGCGCUUUUGACUACGAGCAGAUCAAAGAUUUUCACUUCCGAGUCAAAGCUCAGGAUGGGGGCUCUCCUCCACUCAGUAGCAACGUGACUGUGAAAAUACUGAUCCAGGACCAGAACGACAACCCCCCUCAGGUUCUGUACCCAGUCCAGACAGGUGGCUCUCUGGUGGCUGAACUGGUGCCUCGUUCAGCAGAUGUGGGCUAUCUGGUCACUAAAGUGGUGGCUGUGGAUGUGGACUCUGGACAGAAUGCCUGGCUCUCCUAUAAACUGCAGAAAGCCACAGACAGGGCGCUGUUUGAAGUGGGCUCACAGAACGGAGAAAUAAGAACGAUCCGCCAAGUCACUGAUAAAGACACAGUGAAACAAAGACUGAGUGUUAUAGUGGAGGACAACGGGCAGCCCUCUCAUUCAGCUACAGUCGUUGUUAACGUGGCGGUGGCGGACAGCUUCCCGGAAGUGCUGUCGGAGUUCACUGACUUUACGCACGACAAGGAGUACAACGACAACCUGACUUUUUACCUAGUGUUGGCUCUGGCUGUAGUUUCCUUCCUCUUCAUCACGUGUGUAGUGGUUAUUAUCUCAGUGAAAAUCUACAGGUGGAGACAGUCUCGCGUCCUGUAUCACUCCAACCUCCCUGUGAUUCCAUAUUAUCCACCACGUUACUCAGACACUUUGGGGACAGGGACUCUCCAACACGUGUACAAUUACGAGGUGUGCAGGACGACUGACUCCAGAAAGAGUGACUGUAAGUUCGGAGGAGCUGGUAGUCAGAACGUGCUGAUAAUGGACCCCAGUGCUACAGGGACGAUGCAGCGGAUACAGAGUGAAAAGAGCAUCCUGGACGAACCAGACUCUCCUCUAGAGGUUGGUCUCGAGCACUAA